AUGGCUCUCCAAGAGACAUGCCCCACCGAAAAGCAUAGGCUGGUUGACAAAGGACUUCCCAAGAUCCAUUGGACUUACAAGAAACGGGAAGAGGGACCACCCACCAGCUUUGCAGCUCUCCUGGAGAAGCCCCUCAUGGAAACACAAAGGGUGGACAAAAAAGGACCACCCAGUAUUCCUGGGGAGACUGGCAGGAAAGACGAAAAGGGACCAGCCACCAUCGUUGUGGCUGCCCAGCAGUUGCUCUCCACCAAAAAGCACGGCUGGUUGACAGACCACUGCCUAAUAUCCCUCAUAAGGGUGCCAGGAAAGAGGAAGAGGGGACUAGGCACUAGCAUCGUGGCUCUCCAAGAUCCACAGCCCACCCAAAAGCAAAGGCUGGUUGACAAAGGACUCCGCAAGAAACCUCAGAAGGCUGGGAAGAAAAAGGAAGAAGGACCAGCUACUAGCACGGAAGGGAGAAAAGGGACCAGCCACACCGAGCCCAUCGGAAAGGGAGCGCUGGUGUGGUUUAAAUUUCAGGAGCACCCGUACUGGCCGGCAGUGGUCAAGAGUGUCAGUGAGACAGACAAGACGGCCAGGGUGCUCCUGAUUGAGGCCAGCCUGUGUCCAGAAAAGCGCGGCAUUCGAGUUCCUCUUGCAAGACUGAAGCACCUGGACUGUGCAGGGAAGGACAAGUUCCUGAAGACAGCCCGGAAGGCGUACCCGGAGGGUGUGAACUGGGUCUUCUCCCUGAUCACCCAUUACCGAAAACAACUCGGCCGGGGCUCUUUCGUGGGCUCUUUCCUGAACUAUUACGCCGCCGAUGUCAGCUACCGUAUCAGGAGAGUCAUCCAAGACAGCGAACUGGACAUCACCUUCCCCAAAGUGGACUACACCGAACUGGAAGCCCUGGAAGAUUCUGAGGAGACCGCCCUGCAGGGGAUGCCAUCCCACAAGAAAAUUCUCCCCGACCGCUCGAAGGCCGCGUGGGACCGAGACAACCAGAAGCUGGUGAAUUUCAUCGUGAAGAAGAAGGGGGCCGACGGCCACCUCCUGGCCAUCCUGAAGGGCAAGAAGCAGUCCAGGUGGCUAAGGUCAUUUCUGAAUUCCCACCAGUACGUGGUGUGCGUCGAGACAUACCUGGAGGACGAGGACCAGUUGGAACUCGUGACGAAACAUCUACAACAAGUCUACGAGCAUAUAGACCAGAGGUUGCAGGCUCUGGUCAGAGACAAAGUCAAAUUCGUGCUGGAAGUCCUCCUGCCAGAAGCAAUCAUUUGUUCCAUUGGCCUCGAUGGCCUAGAGUACAAGGACGCAGAAAAGAAAUACCUGCAAGGGCCGCCCGUGCAUUACCGCGAGAAGGAACUGUUUGACAAAAACAGCUUAAAGAGAGUGAGAAGGAGGCUAGCCUCCACGUGUGCUGCGAGCAGUUCUCUGGGCGCGCCUGGCCCUCAGCACGCAGCCUCCUCGUCAUCUCAGUAA